UCCGUCGCUUCCUGCUGGAGCUGCAUCAGCGUCCCUAGCGCCCUCGCUGAUUGGCCGGCCCUUGCCCGACACCGACUCUUGCUGCUCCAACUUUGCUCUCACCACCCCGUUGCCGUUUCCCUCGCAGUCCUCCACCGCCCGCAUCGAUCACAACCACGCUUCCAUCGCGUUUCUGCCCACCCGCGGGCUUCUCCCCUGCGUCGGCUCACCACAAUGCCCGGCGAACUCAUCCGCACCGUGACGGCUAGUCUGUCCAGGCCGAGCAAGCGCAAGAUGGAGCCUUCCAAAGACCUUUUCCUCGUUUCCGACCAGGACGUCGUCUACGAGCAGGACAUACAGCGCAACCCGGGCAGCGUCAAGCCAUGGCUCGACUACCACAGCUUCAAGAAGUCUCGUGGCAGUCUUCUAGAGCAGGCUUUCGUUCUUGAGCGCGCUUGCACCACCCUCCCGCGUUCCUACAAGCUCUGGAAGCUCUACCUCGAGCUCCGCACCAAGCACCUCGAGAGCAAGAACCCGGCCAAGUUCGCACCUCACUACGUCAAGGUCAAUGCCUUGUUCGAACGCGCCCUGGUCCUGCUCAACAAGAUGCCGCGCAUCUGGGAAUUGUACCUCAAAUUCCUCAUGCAGCAGCCACUAGUCACAACGACCCGCCGCACCUUCGAUCGAGCCCUACGUGCACUGCCCCUUACUCAACACAACCGCAUAUGGGAUCUCUAUCGUCCAUUCGCUCUGUCUGCUUCGGGCGAGACAGCUGUCAAGAUCUGGAGGAGAUAUAUGCAGAUCCACCCCGAGGACGCCGAAGACUUCAUCGAGCUUCUGAAGGACAUGCGCAAAUACACCGAGGCUGUCAGGAAAUACAUGGAGAUACUCAACAAUCCACGCUUCAAGAGCAAAGAAGCCAAAGGGCCCUUCCAAUUCUGGACAGAGAUGAUCGAGUUGCUUAUUGAUCACGCCAAGGACAUUGAGACUGGAGAUGAUAGUGGUAUCAAUGUGCAGAAAAUCAUCAGGAGUGGUAUCCUGAAGUUCCCCGACCAGCGUGGCAUCCUCUGGACAGGGUUGGCUCGCUAUUGGAUGAACAAGAAUGAGUACGAAAAGGCCCGCGACGUGUUCGAGGAGGGAAUAACCACCGUUAUGACCGUCCGUGACUUCUCGGUCGUAUUCGAUACUUAUGUCGAGGCUGAGGAAGCGAUGAUUGGUAUCAAGCUGCAAGAGGCUGCCGCUCGGUCCGAUAAGGGUAAGAUUGACCAAGACGCGGAUGCAGACCUCGACAUCCGGAUGGUGCGUUUCGAGUCGCUUAUGCAACGCCGGCCUUUCUUGCUGAACGAUGUCAUGCUACGGCAGAAUCCCCACAAUGUCAUCGAAUGGGAGAAGCGCGUUGCUCUGUGGGGCGAUAACUCCAUCGAAGUAGUCCAAACCUACACCGACGCCAUUGCCGCCAUCAACCCAAAGAAAGCUCUCGGAAAAUACCAUGACCUGUGGACAAAUUACGCUAAAUUCUACGAGACUGGAGGCGAUUUGCAAAACGCUCGCGUGAUCAUGGAGAAGGCUGUGAAGGUGCCGUUCAAGUCGGUCGCCGAACUGGCCGAAAUGUGGUGCGAGUGGGCUGAGAUGGAGCUGCGCAACGAGAACUUCGACAGAGCAGUGGAAAUCAUGAACAAAGCAACGCAAGCACCCAAACGAUCCAGCGUGGAUUAUUUCGACGAAUCGCUGACUCCCCAACAACGCGUUCACAAGAGCUGGAAAUUAUGGAGUUUUUAUGUCGAUCUUGUGGAAAGUGUCAGCACGCUCGAAGAAACCAAGAAGGUCUACGAGAGGAUAUUCGAGCUCCGCAUUGCCACGCCGCAGACUGUUGUCAAUUACGCCAACCUACUCGAAGAAAAUGACUAUUUUGAGGACUGCUUCAAGGUUUUCGAACGAGGUUUGGAUCUCUUCAGUUAUCCCGUGGCUUUUGAACUAUGGAAUCUAUACUUGACCAAGGCCGUCGAUCGCCAGAUCGGUAUGGAACGUCUACGCGACCUUUUCGAACAAGCCGUUGAAGGGUGUCCCCCGAAGUUCGCCAAGGUGUUGUACCUUAUGUAUGGUACCCUGGAAGAAGACCGAGGUCUCGCUCGCCAUGCCAUGCGAAUCUACGAGCGCGCCACUCGUGCCGUGGCUGACGAGGACCGCAUGGAAAUGUUCAACUUCUACAUCACCAAAUCAGCCUCCAAUUUCGGUCUCGCGUCUACACGAUCGAUCUACGAGCGCGCCAUUUCCGCUCUGCCCGACUCUGAAGCCAAGGAGAUGUGCCUCAAGUUUGCCGAAAUGGAAAGGCGACUAGGUGAAAUUGACCGAGCACGCGCAAUCUAUGGCCACGCUAGUCAGUUCUGCGACCCGAGAACCAGCCCAGAGUUUUGGAAGAAAUGGGAGCAGUUCGAGGUUCAACAUGGAAACGAGGACACAUACAAGGAGAUGCUUCGCAUCAAGCGUAGUGUUCAAGCUCAAUACAACACCGAUGUCAACUUUAUUGCUUCCCAAGCAGUUGCAAGAGGCCAGCAGAACGGGGAUGGAGAGCAUGCCAACGGCGAUGCUGACGAGGGUGAGGAUGCCAUGGCAGCACUGGAACGACAAGCGAAAGCUCCACAAGGCUUCGUCGCGGCGAGCACCGGACCGCAAGGCGGCAAUAUCAAAACCAACGAGAACGGCCAAGUUGCUGCGGCCAACCCGGAUGCCAUCGACCUCGACGACGAUUUAUGA